GGCUGGGCCGGGCCGGGCCGGGGCGGGGCGGGGACCGGGGGAGGGGAGGAGGGAGGAUAGGGGAGGGCAUCGCAUCGCAUCGCUCGCAGACUCAGAGUUUGUGUGGAAAAAACGACACCGGCGGAGGGGCCGGGGGAGCGCGGGUGCGAGGCAGAUGCGAGGCAGAUGCCGCCGGCGCCGUGUCCGAGGCUGGGUUUUCUUCCUUCCCCCCGUCGGCAUGAGCAUGAGAAAUGAGAGACAAUGUCGGUAGAAGAUAAGAGUGAUACUUUGGUUUAUUCCUACGAGUCCUCUGUACACAGUACCAGUGUACUACUGAGCCUCAAUGAUCAAAGGAAGCAAGACCUCUUUUGUGACGUGACUGUGACUGUGGAAAACAAGUCCUUCCGUGCUCAUCGUUCUAUGCUUGCUGCCUGCAGUGAUUAUUUUCUGUCAGCUGUGGUAUGGAAGAAAGAGCUUGACAUGCUUAUUACACUUCCUGAGGAGGUUACAGCAAGAGGCUUUGCACCGCUGCUCCAGUUUGCAUACACUGCCAAACUUCUCUUGAAUAAAGAUAAUAUAUUGGAUGUCUGUAGAAGUGUAGAAAUUCUUGGAUUCCAUAACAUAGAGAAAACAUGCUUUAGCUUUCUUCAUGCCAAACUCUUUGGAAAGUGUAAAGAUUUUACAGAAUUUCCAAGAAAUGCCUGUUGUAUGUCCAACUGUCUGAAAACAAAUCUCAAAAUUCCAGUUGGUGAUAAUGAAAACUCAGAGGUUGAUGAUGAUGUGGAAGAAUUUCUUGAAUUUGAACAUCUCAAGAGUCCUUGUCCAAAGCUUCGAAAAUGCAUUGAAGUUGGGAAAAACUGUCCAAACGUUCAGAAUGAGGCGACUGAUCUCAAGUAUGCCGGUUUGAAAGAAAGUGGAUGGGCCAGUUCGUCAUCCCUUUGUCCCAAGUACCGAAAAUUUCAAUUGGCCUGUGGGAAGGAGCGAUUGGCAUCACAGAGUAAUAGAUUGUCAAUACCAAAUUCUCCAUUGGAUCAAAUAAUUUCUAAACAGCAAAUUGAACAUCUUCAAAACCGUGCAUUCACAAUCGAGUCAGGGGAUGAACCUAUGAGGCAGAUUGAAAAGGAUCAUGGUGACCUACCCGUGGCAGAUGAUGGAAAUAUUGAACUCAAGAAGCAAAUGGAUGCAAGUUACUCAGUAGCACAAAACCUUUCAGCAGAAGAAUCAAAUGGGCCAGCACAAAAUAUCUCAGGUGUAUCACCAGACUUUACUGAAGAGCAUUACAACUUGCCUUGCUCUCGGGCAGAGCUGUUUACCCCCUUGUUGCAGUAUGACGACUUGCAAAAGACCAAUGCUGCGUCUACAAACAUUGAAGGAACAAAAAAUGAAAUGGGUCAAAGGUGUGACCAGCUGAGUGCUUCAGAAAAAGCAGGAGGAGACUCUGAAAGACAGUCAGUUAUUUUUAGCUCAAACUGUUCGAAAACACAAAAUGUCAAUUCUGCCCUCUGUGGUCAAAGCGUUGUGGAAAGAGAGGUGGCAGAACAUCUAACAAAUCGAUUCUGGAGUGAACCUCAUGAUGCAAGGUCUGGCUGUAUGGCCGAAUCUUUUAUUGAACAGAACAAUUGUCCAAGACAACUCAAUGUGGAGAGAAUUUCUCAAAGCUCUCAGUUUCCUAUAGAUUCUUGCCAAACACUUCAAACCCUUGAAGAAAAUUCGCAGGAUACUUUACUACUGCACUAUACCUCUUCAGUAUCUCGCCUGUCUGGUUCUACCAACAGCUCUUCCAAGUGCCCAUUUAAAUAUAAUACUGGAAAUUCAGUGUGUUCCAGCAGCUCUGGUUUAGAGGAGCUUGAAAAUGACCAAGGACCGCAACAUGGCAAAUGUGAUGACUCCUGUACUACUAACUCAGGAGAUGAUUUCGGCUCUGAUUCAGAGGAUGACAGUGAGGCAUGUUCUGCCAGGGAACAAGAAUGUGAGGUUAAACUACCAUUUCCUGUUGGAAGAAUUACACUGUUAUCCAGAAAUGAUUUUCAAACAAUGCUGAAGCUGCAUAAACUGAAUCCAGAACAAUUAGAUUACAUCCAUGAUAUACGACGCCGUAGCAAAAACAGAAUUGCAGCUCAACGCUGUCGAAAGCGGAAACUUGAUUGCAUUCAGAACUUAGAAUGUGAAAUCGAUACAUUGCUUUGCGAAAAGGAGAAACUGCUGCAAGAGAAGGGCCAAUUAAAAGUAUCUAUGGGUGAAACUUGGGGCAAUUUAUCAGGACUUUGCAAGCAGAUAUGUAAAGAAGCAGCAUUGACCCCUGAACAAAUUCACACACUAGCCAAGUACUCCUCCUCAGAAUGCCCUCUUUCAGUACUGAACACUCAACGAAACAUUGGCUCCGUCACCCGCACAAAUUUGAUUAUUGGACAUCCAGCAUACUCCAGAGGUUCAAAGAGUAUGGAAUGCACUGGUGUGCAAGACUCCAGUCAACAGCUUCAAGAAAAAACAAUGGAUAUCGCCAGUGGUCCACAAAAAGGGAUUGCAGCUGAUUCGUCCAAGGCAGAACAGGGCUGCCAGACUGUAAUGAUUGAUUUCUGUCAAGAAAUGAUAGACAAGUGUACCACAGAUGAGUAACCUGCUGUAUUUCAUUUUUCACUCGGACUCUUUGUAGAGUUUGAAAUUAAUUUACAGGAAUCACUGAGCACAGUUGACACAGGAGAGCAAUGCAAAUUAUUUUUAAUCUUUUUAUGCAUGCAAUCUACAUUGUCUUGAAACUGAGAGUGUUCCAUUUGAAUUUAUACAUGUUAUUACAUGUGAAAUUUGUGCUAAGUUUAAAACUACUUGUUGGCAGUUUAAUCGGUGUAAUGUAAAGAAUGGUGGAUAUGACUUUUUUAACUCCGCUUCACAAACUAUGAACAAGGAGAAAGAUACAUAUCAGGGCAAUCUAUCAAAUUCACUUACCAUCUCAGUAACUUAAACAUGUCACUAAAUUUUAAGCACCCUUCAUCGGACAAUGGGUUGCUUACAUCUGUUAUCUGCAUGUUUACAUGAUGUGAUAUCACUUCACUCAAAUCUUUAAAAUAUGUAUUUUCACUUUUUUUAAAGUGCCAUUUCCUCCCUGGGGUAUUUCAGAAAUCCAUGACCAGUGGAGUUUUACAUUGCUGAGAUUUUAUAACCAAACACUAAUUUCUGUCCUAAGCUUUUUGACUAUAUUUUAGCAGACUUUCCCCAAGCACAAUUAAAGGGUUUAUUUUGCCAAAUCACUAUUUUCAUUUGUUUAAGAGUCUGAAGAAGGGUUUCGGCCUGAAACGUUGCCUAUUUCCUUUGCUCCUUAGAUGCUGCUGCACCCGCUGAGUUUCUCCAGCUUUUUUGUGUACCCACUAUUUUAAUUUGAUAUUCAUUAACUUAGAUAAAUAGUUAUUUUUAAGAGCCAACACCAGAGGUAGAAUGGCUGCUUUCCAUGAUCAGAGCUGGUGCUAUUCUUAAACUGUCAUAUCUCUAGACCAUUGACCGACUAAGUUAAUUUAUCUUAAGCAAAGCAGGAUCCAGUGCCAUCUAUUGUCAGCAUUCUUUUGUGGACUAAGUAGCAUUAAUACAAUUGAUAUUUAAUAUCCAAUUAUCAAACACUGGAUUUGUUUUAAAAAUCAGCAAAUUGGGAACUUUAUACAUUGCAACUCACUUAAAUCCUUCCUCAAUCUUUUGCUUCAAUACAUUAAGUAAACACAGAAUAUUUUGUUUUUGGGACAUGCCGGCAGAGACCGUGAUUUUUGUUGAUGUUUGGAGCAGAAGGGUGAAAUGCAAAGCUCUGUACAUGUUUUCAGCCAGGUUCUUGCCUUCAUGAGCUGGAAACGUUGAGAUUAUCGAAGGGGUUAGCUUCUUCCUGAUGGUUUCUCUAUUCCAUCUGAACCUGUUUUCAAGAGGUAGUUGAGUGUUUAAAUGUAGAUUUAUCAUUGCAGUUGGUGAAUGUUUAAUGAUGGUCUUCCUUUUCAUGCCAACAUUUAUUUCCACUCCAGCUUUUUUUUUGUGGUGGAAAGGAAUGGCUUGGAUGUCUUUUUGUGUGCACUAUUUCUCUUACUAGAAAUACUUCCAAAAACGUAAAAUGUCACAGCAUUAUCACACAUACAUAUUUGGGGAGAUUUUCUGGGUUUGAUAAACAUGGAAAUCCUUUGUCAUAUAGAACCCCCUUGUAUCUAUUUAUAAAAGACAUUAACCACUAAGAGCAGUAGUACAGUAGAACAAAAAUUAAUAAGUGGCUUAAGUUCAUUUAAAAUAGAAUGCCUUCAUUAAUAUUACUUGAAAGUGAAUCAUUAAAUGGUGUUAUAGUUGGUUUAAUUUUGCUGCUCCUAAACCUAGGAUCUAAAAAUAAUUGAUAAAAUGUAUAUCAUUGUUUGACUACAUGUUAAAGUUAAGUGUAAAGCUAACUGUUUGCUUUCUGUGCACAGCAGGCCUUUAGGGAGUUUUCCCUGUGUUUUGAUUGUGUUAAACAGAAGUAGAAGCCAUUUAUUUCAGCCAAUAUUCUUGACUACCUCAAUGUUGAAGGAUUACAUCAGAAGAGGCAAUAGUUUAUUAUUCUACCGGAGUGUCUGUUAGUACUUUUAAUUCGGACAAUCAAGAUUCAAGUUGCAUACUUAUUAAACAUCAAAGAUCGCAAAUCACGACCAUUGGACAAAAGAGCUGCAAACUCGGGGAGCAGUAUUAUUUUAUUUCAGAGGACCACUGAGCUCAUCAUUAUUGUCAGGAAUUUCCUAACAUAUUACCAGUAUUCACUUUAAAACUACAGAGCAAGAUUAAUUUUGUCCUGGAGGAAAGUGCUUAUUUGCAAAUUUAAGCAUUUAAUGUAAGGUUUGUUCCUGGGACUUGAUUCACUAAUUAUGGGCAAACACAAAGGCAUCUAAUACAAUUUUGAGAUUAUCCUCAGGAGUGAUUUAAAAAAAGUUAUCUUGCAAUUUGAUAUUCAUCACUUGGAGAUAUGGAAAUAAACAAUUUGAUACAUUUUAAAAUGGUUUCUAUUUGACAGUAGUCCAGUAGAGGGUGUCUGAGACCAAUCAUGAAUCAAAUAUGACACUUUUUAAAAUUCUGUGUGUGUAUUAAAGGCAAAAUAAAUGUACAUAUUAAAUUGCCUAAGGUUCCAGCUUCCUCCCAAGAUUAAUGUCUCCUAAUUCAUUUUGAACCUGUGCCCCCCUUUGCAAUUUGAAGGUGUAUUGAUCUGGUAAUACCCACCUGUUAUGCAGAAUGAACAGUGAAAAUUAACAGAAUUUUAUGACACCAAAUGUAUAUUGUACAUAUUUUUUUUAAAUAGUGUUUAUGUUCACUGCAGCGUUGUAGUUUUAUACUACACAUCUCAUGCUUAUAUAAUGGAUUAUAGCAAAAGCUGCCUCAGAAAGCAAUAAACAUGCUUAUGUUUGGUCGGCUGAGCCUUCAAAUGCAAUAUCUCAACUUGUAUGUUCGUAAGGAACAAGCACAUUGUAAUAGUCCAGGAAAAUCUAAUUCACUGCAGGGAUAUGGGCUGCAUGAUUGAAAUAGAAUGUUCAACUUUCAACCUCACUAAAUAUGCAGUUUAUCUGAUUUACCAGCUCAAACAUUUCACUAGCAAAUGUUUUUUUCGGAAUCUAUGUUUUCUGUACGAUAUGUAAAUCAGUGCUGAAUUUCUCGACAAUUUUGAGAAUUCACCUUUUCUAUUAAUAAGGUAGUUUAUGCAUUUCUAACGUACAAUUUUAUGAAGAGUUACUUGGAUUUAUUUGGAACUAAAUACUGAAAAUGACUUUUUAAAUUUGUAAACAUGGUACUGUGAUUAAUACUCCUUUGAAGCACUAAUGGAACAUUCGCACAGCGAUUGUUUCAUAAUAUCUGUCUGGUCAAAUUAUUCAUAUUCAGAUUCUCUGUUUUUGACUGACUUCUUGAAUUAACCUCAAAUAUUUCACUGUUACUCUUGUGAAUGUUUUUUUGGCAUUAUCCAGUUAUUGUUGUCUAACUGUAUUCACUGCCAUUCUUUUUUGUACAAAUUUUAAGGAAAUAUCAGCAAUUGUUUUGUAUGUUCUAGCUUUACUGAAUAUACUUUGAAUUUUUAGCAGAUUUUGCAAAAAAGUGUAAAUAUUAAAAUAUGUGGAACAGUUGUUCAUCUCAAGCUUCCAGUAUUUGUGAAUCUGAACUCCACAGACUAUAUAAAGGCAUAGCCAUACAGCACGCAAACAGGCCCUUUGGCCCAACUUGCCCAUGCUGACAAAAGAUACCCUAUCUGAGCUUGUCCAACCUGCCUUUGCUUGCCCCUUACCCCUCUAAACCUUCUCUAUCCUGGUACCUGUCCAAAUGACUUUUAAAUGUUGUUAUAGUGCCUGUCUCAACUAGCUCUGGCAGCUAGUUCCAUACACCCAUCACUUUUUGACAAAGUUGCCCCUUGGGCUCCGCUUGAAUCAUCCCCACUCACCUUAUUUGAGUUACAAAUGCUUCGGUACCAAAUGUUGAUGAUCGUUGAGGGAAGUACUGUUUCAUUGAUGACGUUUUGAUCUAUGGCUCAAAUGCAUUAAAUAAGAUUUGAUUUGAUUAAGAUGGGAAGAGAAGGGAAUAAAUUCCAUUAAUCAAAAAUCCAGGGUAUAUUGUUUAAUGUGUCAGACAAUUAUUGAUACCUGUUCUAGUUUCUUUAGAAUGCUGCAAACCCUUUUUUUUGUCAAUGUAUGGACUCGUACCUUAUCAUGUCCAAAAGUUAGCAACUCUUCAUUUUGAAUCUGUAACAAACAACAUGCACUAAUAUUUCAUCCAGAGUUCUUUAUGUAUAUGUGCAGCUCAUCUGUGAGCACUGGUGAAAUAUUGGAUUGUAACAGAAUAGUUGCAAAUGAGCCUCAUCUAGACCUCAACCAAUAAAAGUGUAGCUAACAGCCAGUGGGCACAUUGCAAAUAUUCAAACUCUCCUAAUAAAUCAGUGGAGAUAGGGCAAGGGAAAUGGUAUUCCUAAAAUUCUGCACUCUUAGUCAGGUUACCUUGCAAACUCUAUGAAUAAGUAAAUUACAUUAAAUGCUGGAAAUCUAAAAUAGGUCAGGCCUCUGAGGAGGAAGACAAAUAGUUAAGUGACAUUUCAAAAUAAACCUUUCAAGUGAAGACCAUUCUUCAGAACGGAUGAAAUAUUUGACUAACAGCAAUUCAGUGGAAAUGGUGCAAGUGAGCAGACAGAUGCAUAUUCUGCAUUAACUUCUUCAGAAAGUGUGAUUCACUUAUAAAGCAGCAAAUAUUGCACCGAGAAUCAUAUGACAGUGCAAGGACCAAGCCUGGCCUAGUUUUUGUGAUACACUAAUUAAAGAACAAAUUGGAAAACAAAUUUCUCUACUUAGUGCAGAUAAAAAUAGAAAUUGGGAAGAUGUUGCCACAUAUUUCUUGCUCUCCAUUCUCCUUUGUGUAUCAAUUUCUGCAUCAGUACCUCAUUGAGGGAUCUGGUAUUCGGACAGAUGAUAGGCAUGACUUUGCGCUACUGAUCACCUGGAUACUUACUGUCAAAGCAUACCACAAACCCUUAGGACUUGCCCAUUCAAGUCCCAGUUACUUUUUAAUGAUCUAACAACAUGUCUUAUCAAAUAAACAUCCUGGCACUGAAAAACUUAUUUUUAUGUGCUGAGUCUCAAUUGUAUACAUUUUAAUUAUUGAAGUGUUUUUAAAGCAAUUUUCUUUCCAUUCACUUUUAUCUUUAUCUCUUAUUUGAACAUUUUUACCUUGUUUUAUUUUCUGUACAUGAAAUUGUUUUAUUAAAUAUCCUUACACUUUCAA